AUGAGAGACAAUGAAUUCGGUGAGCAAAAUGUAGAUAAUGUUGAUAUUUCAGCUGCUGUUGCUGAAUACCAUGCACUUGAAAGUGAAUUGUCUCGAAAAAGUUGGAUUUCUGCUGUCUCUGUGGAUGAAUUGGAAAAAGCAGAGGUCAAGACUGAAGAAUUCAGCCUGAGUAAUUUUUUACAUGGAAUGUCAAAUGAUCAAAAGCAAGCUGGGUUUCAUCUUAAACAUCUCGGUGUGGUUUGGAAGCAUCUUACUGUUGAGGGUCUUGGUGCUGAAGCGCAUACAAUUCCAACUGCUAUUAGUGGAUUAAUCAAAUACCUUCAGUUCUGGAAACUACUUGGUUUUCAAUCAAAAAACAGUACUAAGGUCAUUCUUAGAAAUAUCUCUGGUUUCUGUAAAGAAGGCGAAAUGCUUUUGCUUUUAGGCAGACCUGGUGCUGGAUGUACAACCUUACUCAAAAUCAUUGCCAACAUGCGUGACUCUUUUACAAGUGUCAAGGGAGAUGUCAACUACGGUGGUUAUAAUCAUAAAACAUUUGCUAAACACUUCCGUGGCCAAACAUGUUACAAUCCUGAAGAAGAUUUACAUUAUCCAACUUUGACUACCAAACAAACGCUUCAAUUUGCUCUUAGAACCAAAACACCAGGUACUCGUUUACCUAACGAGACAAAAAAGGAGUUUGUCGAGAAAAUCAUUCACCUUUUGGGCAACAUGCUUGGUCUUUCAAAACAAAUGAACACCAUGGUAGGAAAUCAUUCUAUUCGUGGUCUAUCGGGCGGUGAACGUAAGCGAUUAUCGAUUGCUGAGCAAAUGACAACGCAAAGUACAAUCAAUUGCUGGGAUUGUUCCACGCGAGGGUUAGAUGCUGCUUCUGCUUUAGACUAUGUGAGGUCGCUUCGUAUCAUGACAGACGUCUUUCAAAAGACAACAUUAGCUACCCUAUAUCAAGCCUCCAAUAACAUCUUUGGUUUGUUUGAUAAAGUGAUUUUGCUUGAUGAUGGUUACUGCAUUUAUUUCGGUCCUGUUGCCCAGGCUAAAGCCUACUUUGAAGAGCUUGGUUUCUAUUGCCCUCCUAGAAAGUCUACACCUGACUUCUUGACGGGUGUUUGUAACCCAAUUGAACGCGAAAUAAAACCUGGUUAUGAAGACAGUGUUCCUGUUUUCGCAAGCCAAUUUCAAGAACGUUUUUAUGAAUCUCCUACUUAUAAGUCCAUGAUGAAUGAACUAGAAGCAUACGAGCGAGCGAUACAAUUCGAACAUCACAAAGAAGCAUUCAAAACAGCCAUGGACGAAGAGCACCAAAAACGAGCGUCCAAAAAAUCACCUUAUGUUGCCUCCUUUUAUCAGCAAGUGAUUGCCUUGACGAUUCGUCAAUACCAUCUUUUGAUUAAGGAUAGACAAGCUUUGAUUUCAAGAUAUGGUACCAUCCUGAUUCAAGCAUUAAUUAGUGCUUCUUGUUUUUACAAUAUUUCCAAUGAUAGCUCUGGCGCCUUUUCUCGUGGAGGUGCCAUCUUCUUUUGUCUCUUGUUUAAUGCUUUUAUCUCUCAAUCUGAAUUAGUUAGCUUUCUAAUGGGUCGCCCAGUGUUGGAAAAGCAUAAGCAAUUUGCUUUAUAUAGACCGUCUGCUUUUUAUGUGGCUCAAGUAAUCAUGGAUAUUCCUUAUGCUUUAGUACAAGUGUUGCUAUUCGAAAUCUGUGCUUACUUUAUGAUGGGCUUCAAAUUAGAUGCAGGAAGCUUUUUCACUUUCUUUAUUGCUUUAUUUAUGACCAAUAUGUGUAUGAAUGGUUUUUUUCGACUCUUUGGUGCCGUGACAUCCAGUUUCUUUUUCGCAACGCAAACUUCGGGUGUUAUUAUGACAGCCAUUGUAAUGUAUUGUGGUUAUGUCAUUCCUUAUCCUGAAAUGCACCCUUGGCUUUACUGGGUUUAUUGGAUUAGUCCUAUUGCUUAUGGCUACAAAACCUUAUUGAUCAAUGAAAUGAAGGGUCAAGCCUAUUCUUGUGACGGUGCUGGAAAUUCUGUCCCUUAUGGUCCUGGUUACACUGAUUGGAGCUAUAAAGUGUGCACGAUGACUGGUGGUAAUCCAGGUGAAGACUAUGUGCUAGGCGACAAUUACUUGAUAACCCAACUCUGGUGGGACUCCAAUCAUCUCUGGGCUCCUGAUUUUGUUGCUGUGGUUGGAUUUUUUUUGCUCUUUACUUUCAUGACUGCAAUGGCUAUGGAGUUUAGUGGUUUGAACAAAGUAGGUUCUCUUACCAAGCUUUAUCUUCCUGGUAAAGCUCCCAAGGAAAACAAUCCUGUCACUCGUCGCAAGCAAGCUGCUCAAUUGGAUGACAUGGAAGCUGUUUCUUCGGGCACUACUUUCUCUUGGCGAAACGUGAAUUAUUCCGUGCCUAUCAAAGGCGGCAACAUUCAAUUGCUUACAAACAUCAACGGUAUCGUCAAGCCUGGUCAUCUGACUGCUUUAAUGGGAUCCUCAGGCGCAGGUAAAACCACAUUGCUGGAUGUCUUGGCUCGAAGAAAGACCAUUGGCAAAGUCGAGGGCCGUCUCUAUCUCAAUGGUGAAGUACUCAUGAAUGAUUUCGAACGUAUCACGGGCUAUUGUGAACAAAUGGAUAUACAUCAACCUGCAGUUACUGUGCGUGAAGCGCUUCGAUUUUCUGCUAAUCUAAGACAGCCUUACAAGACCCCACAAGCUGAGAAAGACGCCUAUGUUGAACAAAUCAUUCAUUUACUUGAAAUGGAAGAUAUUGCAGAUGCUCAAGUAGGUGAGGUUGAAUCUGGAUUUGGUAUUUCUGUUGAAGAACGCAAGCGUCUAACAAUUGGUAUGGAACUUGUUGGCAAACCUCAAUUACUGUUUUUGGAUGAACCCACCUCUGGUUUAGAUGCUCAGAGCUCAUUUAAUAUCAUUCGAUUUAUUCGCAAAUUGGCUGAUGCUGGAUGGCCUGUACUUUGUACUAUUCAUCAACCUUCUGCUAUUCUAUUUGAUCAUUUCGAUCAUCUUUUACUUUUGGUAAGAGGUGGUCGUACAGCUUAUUAUGGUGAAAUUGGUCCUGAUGCACGCACAAUGAUUGAUUAUUUUGAGGCAGCUGGAGGGCCUAUUUGUACAUCCUCUGCUAACCCAGCCGAGUAUAUUCUCCAAGUCGUCGGUGCUGGUACUGCAGCCUCAGACAACAAGCAAGACUGGGCACAGAUCUGGGGAAAUUCACCGGAAGCAAAAGCACUUGAACAAGAACUAGAAGAGAUUCAUAAACAUGCAGAUAAAUCUCCUACGCGUCCUGCCUUGACUUAUGCUACACCUUUCCGUAGACAGUUUUAUUUGGUCUUUAAACGUAUGAUGAUAGCCUACUGGAGAUCUCCUGAUUACAACAUUGGUCGUUUUAUUAUCCUUAUUUCCACUUCCUUAUUGUCUGGUUUUACCUAUUGGAAAUUGGGAAAUAGUGUGUCUGAUAUGCAGAGCCGACUUUUUGCUCUUUUCCUUGCUUUCAUGUCAUCCUACAUUCUUAUUAUAUGCUCUCAACCCAAGUUUAUGACAGAAAGAAUUUAUUUUAGACGUGAACAUGCGUGUCGCUACUAUGGAUGGGUUCCAUUUGGUCUAUCAAUUAUUCUGGUUGAAAUUCCCUACAUAUUGUUCUUGGGUGCUUGUUUCAUGGUAUGUUUCUACUGGACAACAGGUCUUGUCAAUCUUUCCGAAACAGUGGGCUAUUUCUAUAUACUCAAUAUCUUCUUUAUCUCUUGGGCUGUUACACUGGGAUUUGUGAUUGCUUCUAUUGCUGAAAAUCCUACCAUGGCUGCUAUCAUUAACCCUAUUGUGAUAUCAAUGCUUGUCUUGUUUGCUGGAUUUAUGCAACCCGUGAGUGUUAUGCCGCUUUUCUGGAGUAGUUGGAUGUAUUGGGUCAAUCCGAUGCAUUACUUUGUAGAGGGACUGGCCACCAAUGAAUUAUCGCAUGUGAAUGUUCGCUGUACGGAUCAAGAUUUGCUCAAGUUCAUGCCUCCACCUGGUCAAACAUGCGCCGAAUACACAAAGGAUUUCUUCUCGUUUGGUGCAACAGGUUACAUGGAUAAUCCAGAUGCAGUUCAACCAGAACUAUGUGGCUAUUGUAGUUACAAAAGUGGGACUGAAUAUUAUACCACCAAUUUUGAAUGGGAUAGUUCGCAUCGAUACCGAAAUCUAGGCAUUAUCAUUGCCUUCUUCGCAUUUAAUGUUGUUUUCUUUAGUGGCUUAGUUUACUGGAAACGUAAAGAGAGACGGUAA